GUAGGCUGGUAGUCGUGAAUGCAAAUGUCAGGAUUUAUCCUAUCAUUCAAAAGACUAAACCGGAUUCUGAGGAGUAGGCAAGUCUGUUUCUAGAAUUCUAAAACAGGACUAGCGCUGGGACCACGCAAACAAAUCCGUCAUGCGAUUGAGACACAUAAAACCAUUGGUAGGCGGGGAGGGUGGUAAUUGAAUGUGGUUGCUGUUGGUUGCGGACGCUACUGCACCGCUCUCAAUGGCUUAACGGUGCCAACCGGAGUUAUUUUUCCUGUCAACGGUCCCUCUCUCGCUGGAGAUAAUGAGAGGAUGGCCAAGCGGCUUGCCCCUGCGCUACAACAAGACCACGACGAUGAACUGAAUCCCGGCCAUGUGAACAUGGAUUGCGGCGAUGAAGAAGAUGAACUGUCGUUGGAUGAGAUUUUAAUGCUGUACGGCCAGCCGAUCAACGAGGAGCAAGCAUGGGCUGUUUGUUACCAGUGCUGCAGGUCUUUGGCGCAGGGACAUCGGAGAAGAAAUUCUAAAUCUGCCACCGCUUCGGUGGGGGGUCACGCAAGAAGGAUUGAGGGACCCGGGGAUGUCAAAAUUCAUAAAGACGGGAUGGUCAGGUUGCAGUUUCAGGGCAGACCAGAUAAAUAUGGUUCCCCGUGUACAUCAUCAGAGGUGAUCGAGUCGCUGGGCAUCAUGAUCUACAAGGCUCUGGAUUUUGGCCUGAAGGAGAGCGAGGAGCGGGAGCUGAGCCCGCCCCUGGAGCAGCUCAUCGACCUCAUGACCAACAUGCCGGAGUCGGAGCGCGACGCCUGCCCCGACGAGGGCUACGAGGCCACUGAGGAGGAGGAGGAUGAGGACGGCGAGGAAGGCCUAGCCGGCGCCGGUGCCUGCUACGUUCGAGGCUACAGGGACAUCCUGAAGCUGUGCACCUCUCACCUUCCCAGCCCUUCCGACGCGCCCAUUCACUACCAGGCUGUGUGCCGUGCUCUCUAUGCUGAGACCAGGGAGCUCUGCACGUUCCUGGAGAAGAUCAAGAGUGCCAAAGAGAAUCUGCGGAAGAUGGAGGGGGUCAAAGUCGAGGAGCAGGCCAGGGACCUAAACGAGCUGCAGAACGCUGACUGGGCCCGGUUCUGGGUGCAGGUGAUGAGGGACCUGCGUAACGGGGUCAAGCUGAAGAAGGUGCAGGAGAGGCAGUACAACCCCCUGGCCAUCGAGUUCCAGCUCACGCCCUACGAAAUGCUGAUGGAUGACAUCCGCUCCAAGCGCUACAACUUGCGCAAGGUGAUGGUGAAUGGGGACGUACCCCCCAAGUUAAAGAAGAGCGCCCAUGAGGUCAUCCUGGACUUCAUCCGGUCUCGGCCCCCCCUCAACCCUGUUGCUGCGCGGAAGCUGAAGCCCCACCCCUAUCGGCCCCGGAGCCUCCAUGAGCGAAUCCUGGACGAGAUCAAGUCUGAGAGGAAGCUGAGACCCGUUUCCCCCGAUGAGAUGCGACGGAGCAGGCUCGUAAUUCGGCCGCUUAGCAUGUCUUACAGUUUUGACUUGUCAGGCGCUGGAAAAAGCUUCAGUACCCCUCAGGUGUUGUUAUGUGGUCCAGAUGUGUCCAGCCCAGCAACCCAGAGGAACCUUUCCAUGAGCGCGCUUGCGCUGUCCAACGGUAUGCCACCGGCUCAGCGGAAUGGCGCGGGUGGGGCUCAGGCCCUCUCUCAGAGGAAGAGACUCCUGAAGGCGCCCACGCUAGCCGAACUGGACAGCUCCGACUCCGAUGAUGACACUACACGUGUAUCAGCUAGCAGCUCCAGCAUUGCCACUUCAUUGCUGGAUGACACUUCUCCAGAGUCUGCUGUAGGAAAAAAAACUCCUCCUAUGUUCCUGCCCAUCUCCUCCACCCCCCAGCCAGAGAGACGGCAGGCAUCCCAGAGAAGGCACUCCAUCGAGAAGGAGACGCCCACGAGCGUACGCCAGUUCAUGCCCCCAACCCGGCAGAGCUCCAAGUCUCUGGUGGGGAGGAUAAUCCGCUUGUUUCUGAGGAUACCCCUCCACCCCACCCUCUCCGCCCUGCGCAUUUCGCAGGGCUCCCAUUCUCUGGAGGCGUCCGCGUUGGGCGUCGUCCUGGCCGUGUUCGCUCUCUGUGAGAGCGUGUACACCGGCCGCCGGAAUCCCGCGAAGGAUUGCGUGGACGUCGGCGGCGAGUUGGAGGAGUUCUGCUAUCCAGUGGAGUGCCUGUCGCUGACGGUGGAGGAGGUGAUGCACAUCAGGCAGGUUCUGGUCAAAGCCGAGCUGGAGAAGUUCCAGCAGUACAAGGAUGUCUACAACGCAUUGAAGAAGGGAAAGCUCUGCUUCUGCUGCCGCACAAAGAGGUUCUCCUUUUUCACCUGGUCCUACACCUGCCAGUUCUGCAAAAGGCCUGUGUGCUCGCAGUGUUGUAAAAAGAUGCGGCUGCCCUCCAAACCCUAUGCCAGCCUGCCCAUCUACUCUCUGGGCUCCAGUGCUCUGCCCAAGGGGGAGGCCGCGGGCCAGGCUGAGAAGCCUUCCACCAGCCACCGGCAUGGCCUGCAGCGCACUGUCUCCAGGCUGUCUAAACACAGGGAGAAGUCCCGGGAUGAGGGUGAACUCCCCAGGGAGCUGACAGAGGACUGGAGCACCAUGGAAGUGUGCGUGGACUGCAAGAAGUUCAUCUCGGAGAUCAUCUCCUCCAGCAAGCACAGUCUGUCGCUGGCCACCAAGCGGGCACGCUUAAAACGCAAGACUCAGUCCUUCUACAUGUCCUCGCCCAAGGCCUCCGAGUUCCACCCCUCCGAGAGAACUAUCAAAGAGGUGUAGACUGCUGCCUUCUGUCCCCCUUCUGUCCUGCCCUGCACCCCCCGUGCUCUGUCUAGAUACCACAGGCCCUUCUGCCAGUGUCUCUGCUGUCCUUUGUUUUUGUCUGGGUCGGUGUUGUCCGUGAGGGCCAGACACAGUCAGCCAAAAUGUGGCUGAGAAAUGUAAGGGGGAGGGGUAAUCUGUUGUCGUCGUUGAUGAUGUCUGUUCCUGUCAUUACCGUGUUACCGGUUCUUCCUUAACAAAAGAAUGGUUAACUUUUUAAAGUUCUGUAACUGCUGUACUGUACAUACCGGAAUUCCCAGAAAUCCCACUCCUUUCCCCAUCUGACAGAAGUAACUGGAAUAUGAAAAGCGCUGUUUCAGGCAGAGUGAGCUCUCCGCAUGGCACACAGCUCUCAGCAUGGUGCACAAAGUAGCUACCGCCCCCACCCCGGUUACAGACCGACACUCUUUGGAAUUUGCCCUUGCUUACUCACCCGUAGAAAGAUGAAAUAAGCACAAUUUUACCAGUGACUUUGAAAUGUUGCAUGCAUAGAAUGAUCAUGCAUUUCUUUGAUCACUGAGGUAAAAAAAAAAUCCUUAUGGAGAGUUAAAAGAACAAUUAGUCUGGAUCAUGUUUCAGUGAUCAGUGAUUACUAAAGAAUGGGUACAUGGUGGCUCUGUCGCACCGGAGAUAUGUCCUGGUGUGAGCUGAACAAAGUCAUAUUUUCUACAAGUGAAUUUUUUGUAGGGUAAAACACUGGUGUGCGUGCGUGCGUGCAUGAUUUCUUUGAGGGCUAACAGUAAUGGGAGUGUAGCUGAUUACUGUAUUAUUUUAACCAACUACUGUAUUCUCUGGCUUUCCAUGAAAUGUUCCAUGCUUGAAUUUAGCAAAGUUAGCAUUACAGUGCUUGUUAUUUUUUGCUGUUUUUUUAGAUUAAUCUACAUCAUUUUAUUUGUUUCUCCACUCCUAUCACGAUUCCUUUCAUUCUGCCUCGCUAUCUCUAGAUGCCCCAUCGGCACAUAAGGUCAGAUUGACAUUCUCUGAUUUUGCAUGAAGAGCAGGCUGGUUUCAGUCAACAAUUGUCCCUACCUUGACUUGGCUUAACCAUGUCUCAGAAAUAAGUGUUAGUUUUCUUAUAUACAAACACAGUUUUGCUGGUUUGUACAUCACCAAGAUACAUUUUUUCCAAACCAGAAGAAAAGCUAGCAUCACCUUUUAAUUGAAUUCCUCGUUAUGGACAAAUUUUGACUCAAUCCCUACUUGGGUCAGGAAGAAUAUGAUCAAAAUGAAUAAUCAAUUUCCCCUAUAUAUUGGGAGGCUAAAUUAACCUGUCUAAAAUUAUGUUACUUUUAUAUGAUAUUAAUUCAGUGUUACUACUGUAUUCGGGGUGGGGUUAAGGUGUGUGUUCCAAUUCUUUAGUCAUUUCACCCCUGAACAUUGCCUGUUGCCAAAAGGUAAAUUACUCUGUCAGAAUGGUGUGAAGUUGAGGCCCCAUGUAGUUUUUAACCUGUUGUAAAUAUCUUGUGAUGGUGUUCAAUAUGAAUCCAAAGCUGGCAUCUGAUUGGUUCCUCCUUGCACCCAGCAGGCCAAUGAAGAUUUUGUUUGUGUACAUACUGUAUUUCACCAUGGUUCUGAGCUAUUGAACGGUAAGAUUCUUUGUAGAAUUACCUUAUUAUUUGUAUUAAAAUUAUUAUUACUAUUUAGUAAUAUUAUUAAUAUUACAUUUUUUAAUUAACACUAAUUUCUACUCCUGGUAAGGUUAUCAGUGGAAUAUGACUUUUUACUGAGAUUUCCUUUUUUCAUUAUUUUUUUCAGUUGAUGGCUGAUAAAGUUUUACUUUUGAUGUUAUAACGCAAAAGCAUGCACAGUCGUCCUUCAGAGCCAAGCUGUUCUCUGUUAUUAUUAUUAUUGUUCACAAAAGACCUGUCCAAAGACUAAAGGCUACUUUGACAUAUCUGUUUUUUCCCUUCCUGGCAUUUUCAUUUCUACAUCAUUUUCAUUCUCAAUUUAUUAUGUGCAAGCUUCAGUUUUCUCUCUGAAGGAUGACUAAAAGCAAUGAUUUUGAUUUUGCUGGAGAUGAGGACACUGCUGGUUUUGUGCAAUAAAAGGAACAUUUUCCCCUUCUAUAAAUAUGCUUAAAUAUUAUAUGCAAUGUAGUUAUUAAAAGCACACCCAUCAUAUAUUCCAAUCUUCCUCCUUAUGAACCCUUGUAUCCAGUGUUUGAGUCACACUCUGUCUUUUGAGGGGGGGGGGUCUCUCAAUCAAUGGUUGGGUAAGGGGUGGUUAAGAAUGGUUAUUUAAUGAACAUUUUAGCGUCCCCCCCCCCAACAUCAGCUUUAACUGCUAUCAGGUGAGCUCCCUGUGGCGUGUGCGUGUAUCACAGUGUUUGCAUCCUCUGUGGUUUUCAGGAUGGCAGGAAUGAGUUUUUAAAUGUUUCAGCUCUAGAAGGUGAAGCUUUCAAUUUAUGAGUAGCCAUUAUCCACAUCUGAUAGGUUAACAAUUAAAGCUACAGUUUUUUAAAUGGUUGAAAUAAUAAAAAAUAAAAAUAACUUUUUCAGGUCAUAUUUCAGGUAGAUAUUCUGUCAUUUAUAUGUACGUUGUCUAUAAACUGUAUUGGAUGCCCUAGCCUGAAUCCAUUAGACAAAGCUGUAUUCCCAAGCAAAAAGUCUCGCUGAGGCUCAGCAGCUUGUCUUGUCAUCGUGUCACAGCACAAACUAAAACGGCAAACCUUCAGUUUUUUUACCUGAAUCAGUCUUUUCUGUCAUUUUUGGUUUCCUUAGAUUAUAUAUAUAUUUAAACUGCGUCAGGAUUCAUGGGAAUGUGUUGUUUUGGGAGAAGGGCUGCAUCCCUUUCUGUAAACAUUUUAGCUUUCGUACAAUCACUACUGUAUGUCAUACUGAUAGACAUAUCACUGUGCUUAUAAUAGUGUUAUAACCAUGGAUUGGGGUACGUAUAAUUGGACUUUCAAAUUCUAUGCACUACUACUUUGGUUGCAGCCAUGCUCCAACAGAGAUAUGGUAUCCAUAACGAUCCAAGCAAUUAACUGCAGCAGGCAUUUCAUCCAGUGCCAUCACGCAGUUGGUAGUUCACCUUCAGACAAAUGAUGCUGUAAGAAAAUAUAUACCCUGAUGUCUUUGCAUACUUAUUUCACGUAAGCAUGUGGUUGUCACCAUAUGUAUUAAAGGUUAGCUGAAAGAGGAAGGCCUCGUACUUUCUGAUAAGUGAGGCUAAAUUUCCUUCAGUUGAUUUCCAGAAUUUGGUGUUUCUACAUGAAAAACUGUUUUGCAUAUUAUGCUUAAUGCUAACAACUUUUCUCCCCCACCUGUUGAGGACUAUUUCAAACAUCAUUAUGCACAAAAUAUAGAUUGGUCACAUGCUGCUUUGUGACUACUGUAUUAAAGAUGCCUUCAGCGUGUGAUAUUCAGUGGUUACAGACUGCACCUUUGAGGAAUGGCAUAUUUGUAGACCAGCGGCAUGAUCCAUGAUGGGAGGGUUAAGGGGUCAGGAGUGCUUCUUGCAGGGGGGGAGGGUGUUGCAUACGCUUGGCCAACCCAUCAACUGCUCCUUUUGAUGUUUUUUUUACUAUUAUUUGCAAAUUAAUUACUUUAAAUUAAGCUGCCAAAGCUGCAAAGCUCAUCGAUAUUUAUUUUGCCUUAAAGACACUACAUUUUAGUUUGUUGUUCCUUUAACAAAUGGCAUUGCAUCAUAACUCCUCUGUUAGCAAGUAGUCUACUUCUACUACAGGGGUGAUUACUGGGCUUCCAUUGCAAACCCUUUGUAUUUUUUUCAAAAGAAUUAAACAGUUUGAUAUUGGAGAUUUUAAAAUGGUAGCAUGGGGCUACGGCGAAACAGUUAAUCUGGCACAUUCCAACUGGUUUAAACUAGAUACAAGAAGGAGCAGCUGGAGAGAAGUAUCCACAUACAAUCGCGUAAAAACUGCAUUUUUUUCCAGCUGUGUUAUAUAUCACUAACUGGAGACACUCCAUAUAAUACAGAACGUGAAACCCCCUUUGUUUUGUAUUAAUAUUACAAAGGCAAGGAAGGAUCACGUUGUACGAGACCCCCAGUCCCCCCCUUGUGUUGCUGCAACAUGCAUGUUCCACUGUGUACCUUGUACCUUCAGUCUGUAGCUGUUUUUUUAAAGGAGUAAUAAUAAAAUUACCUAAAAUAAUAA